UGGCAUGUGAGAGAAUAUUUCAUUUGGUCACGUCGAGUAAGUUCCCCUUGACGAUUAGGCACAAUCCUUUUUAUCGCUUUUUACUUCAUUUAUCAUUACGACUCGACACGAGAAAUGGAUGCGGCGACUAUUCCACCACAAAACACUCACCAGUGCCAACGACAAAGAUAGUUAGUUAUUUCGAUUAAUUGCAUUAAAGAAAGAUCGACGUUAUUUUUAAGGCUUAUCGAAACGGACCUGUGAAUCAUGAUAACAUGUACUUGGAGAUAUGAACUUUAUAACCUCACGUCAUCAUGCAAUGUUGCAAAUGGUCUCCAAUAUAAUUGUUAAUAUAAACAAAAAGCUGCGGUUACAUUUUCAUUGAAUAUUGUGCGAUACGUAAGGUAAUAUCGAGCAAAAGUAAAAUGACUGAAGUAUAUAAUUUAGGGCUUGAUGCUGUCACUUGUCAUGUUUGGAAUGAAAAACACACUGAAAUUGCAUUGUGUCCCAAUAAUAACGAAGUUUAUGUUUAUAAACAAGAUGCAGCGAGCUGGAAGCUUUCGGAAAUUUUACAAGAGCACGAUCAGCGCAUCAUGGGUAUCGAUUGGGCACCGAAAACAAAUCGCAUAGUAACCUGUGCCGCUGACAAGACUGCAUAUGUUUGGUCGCAGAAUACAGAAGGGAAAUGGAUACCAUCUUGGGUACUAUUAAGAACUAAUCGAGCAGCCACUUGUGUUAAAUGGUCACCAAACGAGGACAAAUUGGCUGUAGGAUCUGGCGAUAGAGUUAUCUCGGUAUGCUAUUUUGCAUCGGAAAAUAAUUGGUGGGUGUCCAAGCAUAUAAAAAAACCUCUGCGAUCCACCGUAACUGCUAUCGACUGGCACCCUGAUAAUAAAGUGCUCGCCGCUGGAUCGACUGAUUAUAAAAUAAGAGUGUUCAGUGCAUACGUACGAGAUAUCGAUAAUUUGAAUAAUAAUGAAAGUUCAUGGGGAAACAGUACGAUUCUUGGAACGCUUUUUGCUGAAUUUUUUAGCUCUGGUAACGGAGGCGGUUGGGUACACGAUGUGGCAUUUAGCCCAUGCGGGACCAAGCUCUGCUGGGUUGGUCACAACUCGUCGAUAUGCAUCGCUGAUUCUUUAAAAGGGAACGUUGUCAAUCGACUCUUUACCGAAUAUUUACCUUUUCUCCGAUGUGUUUGGCUCGAUUGUAAUUUCAUUAUUACAGCUGGCCAUGAUUGUAUGCCAAUGGUCUAUAAAGUAGACGAAUCUGGUAAACUAAGCUUUGCUACGAAACUCGAUAAUACUCAAAAAAAGGAAGCUGCUGGUUUAACAGCAAUGAGGAAAUUUCAAUCACUCGAUAGACAAGCAAGAACGGAAAUUAACGAUAGCGCCGUCGACAGUAUACAUCAAAAUACAAUUACAUGCAUACGUAAGCUAUCUAAAUCAAGAUUCAGCACAAGUAGUCUCGAUGGACUUUUAGUCGUAUGGGAUAUUAAGACUCCGGAAUUAAUGAUGAAUUCAUUGAGGAUCAAUUGAUUUUAAUUACUUACAAACAAUAAUAAAAUGAUGUUCAGGUAGAAUUAUUUCAUUAUUAAGUAAAUUAUAAUACAUGAAUUUACUAAACUGUCUUAUAAGUUUCUCACAUUCAAUAACAUUUGUUUAAAAAUUAUUAUUAUUAUUAUUAUUAUUAUUAUUAUUAUUAUUAUUCUCCAUCGAUA